GGCACGCAAUGUAGGCCUUCCAGUCGCACAGCGGGCUCGCCACCGGCGCCAUGGGGCAACCUCAGCACCAGGAGCAGCAGCAGGGGCCGCGCACCGGGUCCCGGCGGCUGCAGUAUGCCGCCGCCUUCUCAGCGACGCUGGGCUACCUGUCGUUCGGCGCGUUCGCCGGCUGGGCGGCGCCGGUGCUGCCGCGGCUCAUCUCCAACUCGUCGCACAUCCCCACCACGGAGGACGAGGCCUCCUGGAUCGUGGCGUCCAGCUCGCUGACCAUGGUCUUCCCCAUGCUGUUCAUCGGCCACCUGGUGGACCUGCUGGGCCGCAAGCGCAUGCUGCUGUACAGCGCCGGGCCGCACCUGGCGCUCUGGGCCAUCCAGAUCUUCGCCACGCAGCCCUGGGAGCUCAUCGUGUCGCGCGUCGUCGGCGCCAUCUCGCAGUGCAUCAUCAUCGUCACCUCGCCCUGCUACCUCGUCGAGAUCGCCGAGCUCGAGAUCCGCGGCACGCUGGUCACCCUCUACCAGGUGAUGCAGAACCUGGGCACGCUGGUCGUGUUCUGCGUGGCGCCGUACGUGCACUUCCGCACUUUGGCUGGCAUCAUGAUGGCCUUCCCCGUUCUGCUGGUGGCCACCCUCUCGUGGAUGCCGGAGUCCCCCACGUACCUGCUGCUCAGGGGGCGUUACAAGGAGGCCCAGCAGUCGCUCAAGCGUUUGCGAGGCACCAGAGUCUUCGAGGACGUGGAGGAGGAGUUCGAGGCUCUGAGGCGGUCGGUGGAGGAGCGCCAGAGCGAGCCGGGCGCGGGCGACGGCUACAUGGCGACGAUGCGGGAGCUGGUGUGCGACUCCGUCAACCGGCGCACGCUGCUCAUCUCGGGCAUCCUGAUGCCGCUGCUGCUCUGGUCGGGCUUCCUCGUGCUCAUGACGUACGCCACAGUGUUCUUCCAGCGCUCGGGCAGCUCCGUAGACCCCGACGUGUCGUCCAUCACGCUGGCCGUCGUGCAGAUGGUCAUGAGCGUGGUGGCCUCGGUGGCCGUGGAGCGCUUCAGGACGCGCCGCACGCCGCUCAUGGUGUGCUUCGCCGGCGCCGCCCUUGCGCUCGUAGCGGAGGGCCUCUACUUCUACCUGCUGGACGUGGCGCAAGCCGACGUGGCCGCCUUCACCUGGGUGCCGCUCGCCUCACAUAUAGUCUACUUGAUAUGCAUGACGAUGGGUCCAGGCGCCCUCAUAUGGACGGUCUGCAGCGAGGUGUUCCGUCCUCGUGUCAAGGGCAUCGCCAUGUCGGUGUUGUCCAUCGUCAACUGCGGAUCGGCUUUUGCCACGCUCAAGACAUACCACGUCAUGUCCAUCCACUUCGAGCUGUACGUGUCCUUCUGGAUGUUCGCCAUUUUCUGCGCAUUCGCCGUGUUCUACGUGUGGAGGUUCGUUCCCGAGACCAAAGGCCGGCUGGCUGAGGAGGUGGCGUUGGAGAUAGCGGGCAUCAAACCUGGACGCACUGAAGACGAGACCGCCACCAAAGAGGAGAGGGAGAGGAUAAAAGUGUGAGCCUGCACUCCGUGGCACGCCAAUACUCUACAAUAUGACAAACUCUGAUGCGCCCACUAUCAUGAAAAGUGUCGCCCACCUCUUGACUGUGAUAGCCUUUCGACAUUCUAGACUUUUCGGUGCUGCUGAAGAAGCGUUAUAAUUCGCAUUAUAUUUUACAUUUGUACAAAAUAUCAACCAUAUCACUUUAUUGUAUUUGCUGCAAAGAGAUUAUUUAUUGCAAGAGAUCGUAGGCUUACCUGGCCGUCUCCAGUGAAAAUAUAAGUUCCUCAAUUUUUAUAAACGGUCAUUCUACAAGUUGAUAUCUAUGUAUAUAAAGAACAGAUCAGCAGGGACUUGUGUUUACUCCUGAUGCUUCACCCGUUUUUAGCCUAGGUGAAGAGGGCUCUUUCAUUGCUACGACUUCCACUUAGUUUCAAUGUCUUAGCAUCACCAGUGGCAAUCUACGAAAGAAAGUCUGGAGCAUCUUGAAGCAGUUUCUUAGGUUCUUUGCAGACUUUCUCGCAAUAUCCUUCUGAUCGUCUUGAAGCAGUUGUGGCACAAAUUUCUUCGCAAUACUUCUCAUGUUCAACUUUUCUCUUACAAUUCGUUAACGUAUACUAUAACGUAUUCCCAAGGUGUUAGAGAGGUCUUGACAGCCUGUCUACGAACUUGCAGAAUCAGAUCCUCCAUUUUCCGAACGUUCCCUGGAGUGAUACCAGUUGACGGCCGACUGGAAAAGUCCUCUCUAUCACUAGACGUUCGCCUGUUUUGAAACGCCUAUACCAGUCGUAAGUCUGUGUCUUGCCAAAGCGUUGUCUCCAAGUGCUUGGUUCACCGUCUGGUGCGUUUCUGCAUCGGUUUUCCAGGUUUAGAAUAAAACUUUACUUAAAUACGCUACUGUUUCAGGUCAGCCAUAGGAAAGCCACCAACUGUCGAAAACACAACAGUGGAAAUAUGUUCACCAAGAAGCAGCCAAAUCAC